AUGGAUGGCCCUAGUAGGCCUCUAUUAGAAUUCAGUUCGGAAGAGAGCAGUAAUAAUAAAAAAAUGCAAUCAUCAGCAUUAUCACCCGAACAAAUUACGGAUAUACUGAAUGAUAUUGCCGAACAGUGUGCAGAUUUUGGAUUGGGUGAUUCGAUUUUGGAAAAGGAGGCUCUUGCAGCAAUUCGUGAAAUUGGUUUUGCUGUACGAAUGAUAUCUUUGCCAGAAGCAUUACCGCGAACUGCUGAUUUGAUUUUUAUGAAUCUGAUCACGCUGGAAGAUCGUAUGUACUGUAUUGAAUUGACGCAACGUGGAUGGCGUGUGGCAUCAGAUCGUCACGAUAGUAUGAAUGGCGAUUAUCGGCAGCUCGAUUUGCAUACCCGUUAUUUCGAGACGAUUUAUCAACUGCUAAAUGUAAUAUCACCGGAAUUCCGAAAUCAGUUUGCUAAUAAACUCAGCAACAAGCUCACUGCUUUAAGCAAUGGUGUUGCGGAAAAUAUAUGA